AUGUUCUCUUUGAGUAUUUAUACUGACUGGUAUAUGCUCUUCUUUGUUGAUUUCAUCAGUCAAAUUAGCUUUGAUCUCUUGGUGAUAUUGCUCUUUCUUUGGUUGGAAGAGAUCGAUGUUGAUAAACUUGAUACCGGGAGUUAUCGGGAGGUGAUAGACCACUUCUUUCAAGAGUAUAAGAUAAAUAGAUACACGAGGAAAGAGAUCCUCCGCACAGAACCAUAUAAUUGCUGGGGUUAUGUAGCGACAGAUCUCUUUAGUGCUAGGCGUUUGAUUACCGGAGAAGAUAGCGUUUAUCGCACAUUCAGUGUGAGAUACCUCACUUUCUAUGCUUCUGAGAUGCUGCGAUCUAUUGCACAAAGUGAAGGUGAGAAACACCAUUGCCACGGGUUCACUAUUGCUCGCGCUCUUAAGUUUAUUAGGGAUAAAGGAGUGCCGGAAGAAGACCCUAUAGACGCGGAGCAGGAUUUUGAUUGUGUUACCGAUCGUCCUGAAGAAAAUCCUCCAAACAUGUACCAGCUUGGUGAAGACGUGGAAAUCCGAGAAUCAGACAAGUUGCAGGAUUUGUAUGACAUGAUACUUUAUCAACCGGUUGGGGCAAAUCUGCAUUGUUUUGAACCAGAAAUCAGUAAUAUUGGCUCCGAAAUGUACGUUGGAGCUACAAGUAACGAGUCUGUAUAUUCAGGACUUCACACCGUGGAAAUUGUGGCAAUUAGAAGAGUCAAUGGAAAGCUGGUGGCGAUUGUGAAGAAUAGCCACGGCGUGGGAAAAGGAAAAGAUGGUUACAUAAUGGUGUCACUUACCAGAAUGGUUAUUGGUAUGGGACAAGGUAACGAAUUAUACUCUGCAUCCUUGCUGCUCACCAACUUUUCCUGUCCAGUAAUACCAAGACCUCGAGAAGCAGAAACAGGGAGAGAGAACAAGAAAAAGAAGACUUGCUCUUAUUCCAAAAAUGCUCCUCUUGUUAAGACCACACCGGAAUGGGACAUCCGCCAACAGCUAAUGCUGCCUGAAUGGAUGAUUAACAUCCCUGAUAAUCUGAGUCGAAAUUGGUUUGUGUUAGCAAGACCAGCUGGAAAAAGAUGCUUUGUAGUUUCAUCAGAUGGAACUACGGUUAGUAGAGUACGAGAUGGAUCCAUCUUGCAUCGUUUCCCUUCUGCAUUGCCUGGUGGCUCCAGGAAGAAAGGCACUUCUGGCCCCUCACAGUCAUAUACUAUACUAGACUGUAUAUUUCACGAGGAGGUGGUUUAUUACUGUUUAAUGCAGCCGGAUCAGACAUACUACGUGAUUGAUAUGAUUUGUUGGAGAGGUUACUCGCUUUAUGAAUGGACAGCAGAGUUCAGGUUCUUUUGGGUGCAAUCAAAGCUUGCUGAGAUAGGUGCUUGUGAUCCGCCUUCCUUUUACCACAAGUUCAGGUUCAGUACAGUUCCUUUCCAUAACUGCGACCAAAGCGGACUUCACUCAGCUUAUACAGGAUCACUACCUUAUGUCAAGGAUGGAUUGUUGUUCUAUAACAAGCAAGCACAUUAUCACACUGGAAAUACUCCUCUGGUGUUGAUAUGGAAGGAUGAUAAGUGUAGUCAAUGUGUCAUGGAUACAGAUUACGAUGGAAAAGUUCCAAAGCAACAUGUAAUCGUCUUGGAGUUGGAAGAUGAUGGGAAGCUGGUAACCUCAGAUGAUCCACCUGUAGCACUUAGUUGCCUGAACGAAGAAGAGUCAUCAGGGCUACCUUCAGGAAGCCGUGUUCGCGUUGCCGCUGUCGAUGGAGGGCUCAGCUUGGUGGAUGGUAGACUUGAGAAGGCGAAUUUGCAAUAUAUCAGUGUGUCAAACAGAGCUUUUGCUGAUAGCUAUUCCAAGAUCAUGUUCCAACACAAGGCCCGGAAUUCUCCCCUGAAAAUAGAAGAUCUCGCAGCAACGAUUUCACAUGAGAACCAGCAAGAAGACAAGUCCCCCUGA